CCUCGCUGAACGUUACAUUCGUCGCGCGUUCGGGAGCAAAAAAAUAAAUAAAAUAAAAUGAUUAAAAUCCCACGCCCGCCGAGAGCCAAUAAUAUUUGCAAUUGCAGGGCAGUUGCAGAGUGCCAUGUGUAAAGUGAGUUCGCCGGGAUAAAAUGCAAGUGCCGAAGGACAAUAGCGCCAACAACAAUGCCAGUUCGAUACAUACACACAGACGAGGCCCGAUGAAAAACUGGUAUAUAAAAGACGCCAAAAGCUUGCGAAAAAGAGAGCAAACGCGCCCCUAACUUGGCUCCGGGAUAUAAAAAGGGCAACAAUAAAACAGAAACAAAAACAACAAAAAGCAGGCGACGCGAUUCGAGGGGCAGGAUAAACAGACAACAAGCCGUUCGUGAUGUCACAACAACACCCCCAUCACGCCCACCCGCAUUACGCCCAUCACUAUCAUACGCCCCCUGCGACGCCCAUGUCCUUGCAGCAGCAGCAGCAGCAUCAACAGCAGCAGCAGCAAACGCAACAGCAGCAGCAGCACGCCAAUUGGUACUCACAUGUUGCUUCCUACCCCACACCCCACUCGGCCUUCGGCCACCCCGCUCCAACACCACCGCCCGCACCCCCCUGCAAGGCCGCCAACAGCAGUAACAGCAACAACAACAACAUGGGAGGAGGGGCCUAUGGGCCGGGGGGCGGCGGUGGCAAUGGGGUGCAGGGUUAUUAUGGCGCCGCUGGCGGUGGCCUCAAUGUCAGUGGGGCGGUGGGCGUGGGAGUGGGCGGUGGGCCGAGUUAUGGCCUUGGGGCCAAUACAGUGGCAUAUGCCCACAACCAACUGCUGCAGUACCAACAACAGCAACAGCAGCAGCAGCAACAACAUCAGCAACUUCCGCAGCAUCUCAACCCGCAGAGGUCCUAUAUGGGCCACGAUAUCAUGACCACCGGCAGCUAUCCCUAUAUCAAGAGCGAACCAAUGGAAGCCUUCCAGCAGCCCCCAAAUCCCAUGGCCCCGCCCCCGGCGCCAGAAAUAUUAAUUAAAUCGGAACCCAUUGACGAACAUUCCUACAAGUCCAACUAUAUAGACGACAAUACGCCAUUUGCUGACUUUAGCAAGUUUAGCGAAUUCAGCGAGGACAUGCUGAGUCCCAAAGUGGAGCUGACCGUCAAGGAUGAGUCCUAUGGAAGAAAUUCCAACAGCUUUAUGCGGCGAAAGCAGCAAUCCGAUCGCAGUGCCGAAAGCUUACCAAUUUGCCAGCGCUGCAAGGAGGUCUUCUUCAAGAAACAGAUCUACCUGCGGCAUGUGGCCGAAAGCAAUUGUGGCAUACAGGAGUACGACUUCAAGUGCAGCACCUGUCCCAUGUCCUUCAUGACCGCCGAGGAGCUGCAAAGGCACAAGCACCUCCACCGAUCGGACAGAUUCUUCUGCCACAAAUACUGUGGCAAGUAUUUCGAUACGAUCGCAGAGUGCGAGGCACACGAGUACAUGCAGCACGAGUACGACAGCUUUGUCUGCAACAUGUGCUCGGGAACCUUUGCCACUCGAGAGCAGCUUUACGCCCACCUGCCGCAGCACAAGUUCCAGCAGCGGUUCGACUGUCCCAUCUGCCGAUUGUGGUACCAAACGGCCCUCGAACUCCACGAACACCGACUGGCAGCUCCUUACUUUUGUGGCAAGUACUACACGGGAGGACAGUCGUCUGCUGCUUCCCAGUCGCAGACGCAGCAGCAUCAGAAUCAAACGAACUACAAGCUGCAGGAUUGCCAUAUGGCCACUAUGGAAAUGCCCACCGCCCCGCACCACAAAUCGAAUCCAUCCAGUUCAUCUUUGCCUGCGACGGCUGCUCUGAAUUCGCUGCUUCAGCAGCGUCAAGCAAACGCGGAUGGAGCGGCCAUGUUUGCCGCAUCCGCCAUGAAGAACGAGGUGAAUGUAAAGCUGGAGCGCAGCUACAGCAAUUCGACCAGCGAGUCGUCGUACAGCGUUCAGGAGAACAACUACAACAAUGCCUAUGGCAGCGAUAGUUCAAUCCACGGCGGAGCCAUCGCUGGACCACAGGCACAUUCGUCAACGCUGGACGAUUCGGAGGACGCCUUGUGCUGUGUGCCGCUGUGCGGCGUGCGGAAGAGCACGAGCCCAACGCUGCAGUUCUUUACGUUUCCCAAGGACGAGAAGUACCUCAACCAGUGGCUGCACAACCUCAAGAUGUUCCACAUACCCGCCGCCAGUUAUGCCAACUUUCGGAUCUGUAGCAUGCACUUUCCGAAGCGCUGCAUCAACCGAUACUCUCUGUGCUAUUGGGCUGUGCCCACGUUUAAUCUCGGCCACGACGACGUGGCGAAUCUCUACCAGAAUCGGGAGCUGACCAACACCUUCACCACCGGCGAAGUGGCGCGCUGCAGCAUGCCGCAUUGCACCAGUCAGCGGGGCGAGAGCAACCUGAAGUUCUACAACUUCCCCAAGGACAUCAAGAGCCUGAUCAAGUGGUGCCAGAACGCACGACUUCCCGUACAGGCGAAGGAGCCGCGCCACUUCUGCAGUCGCCACUUCGAGGAGCGCUGCAUCGGCAAGUUCCGACUGAAGCCCUGGGCGGUGCCUACUUUGCACCUGGGUGCGCAAUAUGGGAAGAUCCACGACAACCCCAAGAACUUGUAUGUGGAGGAGAAGCGCUGCUGCUUGAACUUUUGCCGCAGGAGCAGAUCCUCUGACUUCAAUAUGUCGCUAUAUCGAUUUCCCAGAGAUGAGGUGCUCCUGCGCCGCUGGUGCUACAAUCUUCGCCUGGAUCCGGGCGUAUAUCGCGGGAAGAAUCACAAGAUAUGCAGCGCUCACUUCAUUAAGGAAGCCCUGGGUCUUAGGAAACUUUCACCGGGUGCUGUUCCUACGCUUCAUUUAGGCCACACUGACACCUUCAACAUCUACGAGAAUGAGCUUUGGCCACCGCCAACGCCCUCAAACAGUCACGGCAGUGGCCUCCAGCAGCUGCAGUCGCAGCAUCACACUUCGCAGCACUCGCUGCAACAGCAGCUGCACAGCAAAUCCUACCAGCGCCAUUCGGCGGCCUCCACCUCGUCCUCGGCCAGUUCGGCCACCUCUCACUACGUGGAUCCGGAGCUGAGUGCCUCCUAUUUGGCCAUGGGUGCCGGUGGAUCAGCGGCUUUGAAUGCCAGCGACAGCAUGGACAUCUGUUGCGUGCCCAGUUGCGAGAGCAAGCGGCACAACAACGAGAACAUCACAUUCCACACCAUCCCGCGGCGGCCGGAGCAGAUGCGCAAGUGGUGCCACAACCUGAAGAUUCCCGAGGAGAAGAUGCACAAGGGCAUGCGGAUCUGCAGUCUGCAUUUCGAGCCCUACUGCAUCGGGGGCUGCAUGCGUCCGUUUGCGGUGCCCACACUGCAGUUGGGUCACGACGACGAUGAUAUCCACCGCAAUCCGGAUGUUAUCAAGAAGCUGAACAUCAGGGAAACCUGCUGCGUGGCCGUCUGCAAGAGGAAUCGCGACAGGGAUCAUGCCAAUCUGCAUCGCUUCCCCAGCAACGUCUCCCUGCUGACCAAGUGGUGUGGCAAUCUUCAGCGUCCCGUUCCGGAUGGCAGCAAGCUCUUCAACGACGCCAUCUGCGAGGUGCACUUCGAGGAUCGCUGCCUGCGCAACAAGAGGCUAGAGAAGUGGGCCGUGCCCACACUGAUUCUGGGUCACGAGAACAUCCCCUACCCGCUGCCCACUCCAGAGCAAGUGGCCGAGUUCUAUGCUCGUCCAACUGCACCAAAUAAUGGCGAGGAGCAGGGCGAGUGCUGUGUGGAGACCUGCAAGCGAAAUCCCAGUGUGGAUGACAUUAAGUUGUACAGACCGCCGGAGGAGGCUUCCGUGCUGGCCAAGUGGGCGCACAACCUGCAGACGGAGGCCAGUCAGCUGACGAGCAUGCGGAUCUGCAAUCUGCACUUCGAAGCCCACUGCAUUGGCAAGCGGAUGAGACCCUGGGCGAUACCCACUCUAAAUUUGGCCGGCAACAUAGAGAAUCUCUACGAGAACCCGGAGCACUCGAUGCUGUACAAGCGGCGUACCCACACAAAGACCAAACUGCCCGCUUCGGUUAAGCCCACCUGGGUGCCCAGAUGCUGUCUUCCACACUGCCGAAAGGUUCGAGCUCUCCACAAUGUCCAACUCUACCGCUUUCCCAAGGUGAAUCGCUCGACGCUGGCGAAGUGGGCGCACAAUCUGCAGGUUCCCAUGGUGGGCAGUGCUCAGAGGCGGCUAUGUUCGGCUCACUUCGAGCCGCAUGUGCUGAGCAAAAAGUGUCCGGUGCCGCUGGCGGUGCCCACACUCGAUUUGAACUCCCCACCUGGGCUGAAGAUCUACCAGAAUCCCGCCAAGCUGAAGGCCAGCAAGCUGUGCCUGCAGCGCGUGUGCAUUGUAGAGAGUUGCCGCAAGACGCGGGCGCAGGGCGUCCAGCUCUUUCGGCUGCCGCACAGUCCCACGCAGCUGCGCAAGUGGAUGCACAACAUCAAGACGCGUCCGCGGGCGGCGAUGAGGGCUCAGUACCGUGUCUGCUCCCGCCACUUUGAGACGCAUUCCUUUAAUGGAAGGAGAUUGAGUGCUGGUGCGAUUCCCACUUUGGAAUUGGGCCACGACGACGACGACAUCUAUCCCAACGAGGCGCAGGCCUUCGUGGACGAGCACUGUGUGGUGGAGGGAUGCGAGGCGUCCAAGGAGCAGUCGGAGGUGCGACUGUUCCGCUUCCCCACCGACGACGACGACAUGCUGUGGAAGUGGUGCAACAACCUCAAGAUGAACCCGGUGGACUGUGCGGGAGUGCGCAUCUGCAACAAGCACUUCGAGGCGGACUGCAUUGGACCCAAGCACCUGUACAAGUGGGCCAUUCCCACCCAGGAGCUGGGCCACGACGAUGCGCAGAUCGAACUGAUACCGAACCCGAAGCCAGAGGACCGGUACGUGGAUCCGGUGUUCAAGUGCAUUGUGCCCACCUGCGGAAAGACGCGUCGCUUCGACGAGGUGCAGAUGAACAGCUUUCCCAAGGAUCCGAAGCUCUUCCAGCGCUGGCAGCACAACCUCCGCCUGGAGCACCUCAACUUCCUGGAACGCGAGCGGUACAAGAUCUGCAACGCCCACUUCGAGGACAUCUGCAUUGGCAAGACGCGGCUGAACAUAGGAUCGAUUCCCACUUUGGAGCUGGGUCACGACGAGACGGAGGACUUGUUCCAGGUUAAUCCAGCCGAGCUGCAGAGUAACCUCUUUGGACGCCAGAGGCGAGUGCAUGAGGAAUCGGGAAGCAUAAGCAGCAUCAAGCAGGAGCUCUCCGAGUCGGAAGAUGUGAAGCCGGAUGUGGCGAUCUUGUCGCAGGAUAGAGAUUCUCAUCCCAGACAGGUGAAGUUAAGGAAAAUCAUUUCCGAUUUGAAGUGCUGUGUGCACAGCUGUGGACGCAGUCGCAUGGAGCACGGAGCACGACUCUUCCCGUUUCCCACCGGCAAGCAGCAGCACCUCAAGUGGCGCCACAACCUGCGACUGGAACCCGAUGAAGUGGAUCGCUCGACGCGGGUGUGCAGUGCUCACUUUAAUCGGCGCUGCAUCGACGGCAAGCAGCUGAGGAGCUGGGCCAUGCCCACUCAGCAGUUGGGCCACCAGGAGCAGCCGAUCUACGAGAACCCGAAGAACAUACCGGGCUUCUUUACGCCCACCUGUGCGCUGAAUCACUGCCGCAAGCGGCGGAGCAUCGACAACGAUCUGCGCACGUAUCGCUAUCCACGAAGUGAGGAUCUCCUGGAGAAGUGGCGCGCGAAUCUCAGAUUGGCGCCGGAUCAAUGCCGCGGCAGGAUUUGUGCGGAUCACUUUGAGGCCCAAGUGCGGGGCAAACUGAAGCUGAAAACCGGAGCGGUGCCCACAUUGAAACUGGGUCACGAUGAGGGAUUAAUCUACGACAAUGAGGCUAUUAAAGUGGGCGUGACUGAGGAUGAGGAGGGCAGCUCGGAGUUGCCGCGACUGAAACCCAAAAUGGAGCCGAUCGAUGAUGAGGAGGAGGACGCUGUGGCUGAGGCUGAGGCUGAGGAGGAUCACCACGACCGGGACAACGAGGAUGAAGAUGAGAAGGAGGAGCACUAUUUCGAUCCCCUCGAAUUGGUCGAGACCUUUGCCGAACAUCCAAGCGAUGAUGAAGCCGAAUAUCGAGGGGAAGAGGACGAUGAACGGGAGGAUGAGGAAGAGGAAUUGGACGAUGCGGAGCACUUCCUGCCCGACUUGCCACCCGCUCCUCCAGUGGCUCCUCUGCGCCGUGAAAAGCCUGCCAACAAUGUGACUCCCAUUUGCUGUCUGAAGCACUGCAGAAAGGAGCGCACUGCUUUCCACCUUUUAAGCACCUUUGGUUUCCCCAAGGAUCGCCAGCUGCUGCUCAAGUGGUGCGCCAAUCUGCACCUGAAUCCCGAUGACUGCAUCGGUCGCGUGUGCAUUGAGCACUUUCAGUCGGAGGUUCUGGGAACGCGUAAGCUGAAGCAAAAUGCGGUGCCCACUUUGAAUGUGGGACACGAUGAGCCGCUGAAGUACUCUUGUAAUGGCAGGGAUCUGGAUCAGGAGCAGGCGCAGCCACAGCACUCGGUUUUUCGGCUUUGGAGCCUGAAACACUGCCGCAAGAGGAAGCUGACGGAGCCGCCGGACAUCCGGCCGAACAAGUGGCAGAUGAUGCAGCGGCUGAAGCUGGAGAUGCAGAUGGAGCGGGAGCGGGAGAUCAAGCUGGAGAUGAAGACGGAGGCGAUGACUCCAACGGGGAAUCCGAGGGAGAGUAGGCUGGAGAAGUGUUGCAUCAGCAGUUGCGGAAACGAGGAAGUUAGUCAGUUAGUUGCAAUGCCCGAGGAGCGAACUCUUCUAAGAAAGUGGCAGCACAAUUUAAAGCUUCCUUUUGACUCGAUUCCCAGCGAAAGUUGCGUGUGUCUGGAGCAUUUCGAGGAGCAGGUUGUGCCAAAUGGAAAGCCUGACGAGCAGGCAGUACCCACCCUCAAAUUGGAUCAAAGGAGUUGGAAUAUCUACAGAAACAAAGGAGAGUGCCUGGUGGAAAGCUGUGCAAGUGACCUUUGCUCAACCUUUGUGGAUUUGCCUUUAAAUACGAUCAUAAGAGAGGAAUGGAUGUCCUAUUUCCAGUUGCCUGAAAGCAGUGAGGGUCUUCUAUGUGGAAAUCACUUUGUGGAACUGUUUGAGAAUGUAGAUUUGCCAAAAGUGUUAUCCCCAGAUAAUCUGGAGGAGCUACAGUGGAUUGCUCAAGAACUGAAAUGCGCUGUGCCUGGAUGCUCUUCGAAAAAUGAACAGAAUCUCCAGCUCAUCCAACUUCCCGACAAGGAAGUGGAACUUUUCAAAUGGUUGCACAACACAAAGAUAACCUACGAUCCUGCGAGGCAUAAGAGCUAUCGCAUCUGCCUGCACCACUUUGAAGCAUCCUGCCUAGAAUCGGAUUACCCCAAGUCUUGGGCCAUUCCCACUUUAAAUCUCAGUCACGAGGACAGGAUUCAUUUGAAUCCCAGGCAGGAGUCACGCAGUGGAACUCCAAACAGCCACUCUAGACUGACUCCCCUGAGGAUCAAAACGGAUCUCGCCUCUCUGGGAAGUCCUUGUGCGAGUGCGAGUCCCAGUCCGCGGGGAAGGAUCAGGAUAUGCUGUAUUCCCACGUGCGGACAGUUCGGGAACAGUCAAGUUCGGCUCUACCGCUUUCCCAGCGAGGAACAGGCAUUGCUCCGCUGGCUGGUGAACACGCAGCAGCAGCCGCGCCUCGUGGAUCCCCAGGAGCUCUACGUGUGCCAGUCCCACUUCGAACCGGAUGCCAUUUGCAAGAAGCAGCUGCGCAGCUGGGCGGAACCCACCUUGAACCUCGGUCACGACGGUCAUGUGAUCCCGAAUGCCAGGCACAAUGGAAAUAUCGCUGAUAGCCAGGAAACCGAACAGGCAAUGAAGUUCAUUCGGGAACGCUACUGCUCCGUGCUCACCUGCUUCCAGGCGGAGGAUAAGGGGGUGCGGCUCUACGAUUAUCCCAGGGACAUGGCCACCAUACGGAAGUGGGCAGCCGCCUGUCGACACCGCUCCAUGCAGGCCAGCAGUCACGGAUUCAAGGUGUGCCAGUCUCACUUUGCACCCGAGUGUUUCGAUUCUGAAUCCUUGGAUCUGAUUGAGGGAUCGGUUCCCACGCUCGAGUUGAGCCGGGAUGACAUUGAGAGGCACUGCUUGGUGCCGGGAUGUGUAAAGGAUGCAAGUGGGGAACGGAUCAGGCACUACAAGGUGCCAAGGACCGCUGCUCAACUGGAAGCCUGGAGCAACAACCUGAAGAUCGGCGCAAUGGAACUCAUUCAGGGAGAGCAGUUCAUCUGCGAGCGUCACUUUGAGUCGUUUUGCUUUGGCGCCAGCAAGGGAUUGCGUCCUGGUGCGAUUCCCACUCUCCAUUUGGGACAUGAUGAGGAGGUAGAGAUGUUGCCCAAUCCCGAAAAUCUUUGGCAAAGCAAAGUGGAGGUUUGUUGUGCACCUGGUUGUGGAAACAUCUGGCAGCUUGGAGAGACACCAUUCAAUGGGUUUCCCAAAAUAUUCUCAUUGGCCGAGAAAUGGAUGCAUAACCUCCGAUUGAAAGCCAACAAGGAGCAGUUGGGCAGGCCGAAGGUCUGCAGUAGGCACUUUGAGGACUCCCUCUUUGAUAAAAGUGGUUUGAUACCGGGUGCAAUGCCAACUUUGGAACUGGGUCAUUCCUCUCCGGAUAUUUUCCAAACGGACAAGCAAAGUCUGGGCAGGAAUUUAAAGUUCUCAAAGCGCUCUCUUAACUCGGAUGUGGAUUGCUGUUACCCCGAGUGCAUGGAACUCUCCAAGAACCUCACCUUUAAUCUGCCACAGGAUGAGCAACUGAGGAGAGCUUGGCUGCACCAUUUGGACAUUGAGGAGCCACCGAAUGGCGUCGCACUGCUGUGCCCGCUGCACUUCGUCAUUCUCUACGAGCUGAGUGAAAAUAGUUUUCCCGAACACACACCGAAUCGAUUCCUCGAGGAUGAUUACCAUUCUGCGCGGAGCAACAGGCGGGUGAAGAUCGUGAGCUGUGCGGUUAGAGGUUGUAGGAUGAUUCGUCCCCGGGAUAAGGUUCUCCUGCACGGAUUGCCGCAGAGGAAGGACAUGCUGCGGAUGUGGGUGGAGAAUGGCCAGCUGGAGAUCACCGAGCAGCAGCAGCAAUACAUGCUCAAGGUGUGCCGCAAUCACUUCGAGUCGAAGUGCUCCUUUGACGAGAGAAGGCUGCAUCCCUGGAGCGUUCCCACUUUGCAGUUGCCAGCGGAGCCGGUGCACCAGGUGCCCAGCAAAGAGGUGUGGCUGGAAAUGACCGCGAAACUGAACCAGGAGAUCGGGGACAUCGAUCAAGAGGAGGAUCAGGAAACAGAGUAUCGGGAAGAUGGUGAAACGGAGAACUCCCUUUUGGAACCCAUCGUGAGGAUGGAGCACAUUGAAUCCGAGGAGGAAGGCUCGGAAAUGCAGGCACUGGAGGUGCUACUGGAGGUGGGCCACGUGGAGCGAAUGGACAGCUACGAGAAAAUGGACGAGUCCUACAACGAUCAUAUCAGCUACCAAUCCUCUGGCAUUCGGAACCAAUACAAUGCCAAUCACUGCGCCGUUGAAGGAUGCCAGGUGACAAUCGAGGACGUGGACGGGACCAUCAAGCUGCACAAGUUCCCCGCAUCUUCGGAAGCGGCCAAAAAGUGGAUGCACAACACCCAGGUGGACAUGGACGAGAAGUUCUGGUGGCGCUAUCGCAUUUGCAGCUACCACUUCGAUCAGGAGUGCUUCCAGAGUGCCAGGAUCAAGAAGGGAGCGAUGCCGACGCUUCUUUUGGGACCCAAAAGGCCGGACAAGUUGUACGACAACGAAUUCGCGUUGCAGGAAACGGAAGAGCUUUCCUUGCCAGCUGAAAUCCAGCAGGGGGAUCGUAAGGAACCGAAAGUUCAGGAGGUGACCAAACUCUGCCUGCCACCGCCAGCUCCGCCACGAAAGUCGAGUAAGUUCUGCCAGAUAGACGGAUGCACCAACCACCUGACCACCGAGAACAUGACGCUGCACAAGUUCCCCCACUCCGAGGACAUGUGCCUCAAGUGGCAGCACAACACGCAGGUGCCCUUCGAUCCCUACUACAGAUGGAGGUACCGCAUCUGCAGUGCCCACUUCCAUCCGGUUUGCCUGCUGAACAUGCGACUGGUCCAUGGAAGUGUGCCCACAUUGAAGCUGGGCGAGAAGGCGCCCGCCGAGCUCUUCGACAACGACUUCGAGGCCAUCAACCUGAGACUGGACAAGCGGUCUGGAGCAGAGCAGUGUGCCGUCCAAAUCAAAGAGGAGAGGGAGGAGGACGAGGAGCCCAUGCUCUUUUUGGAGCCCGAACUGCAGCUGCACGAGGAUCAGGAGAUGGAGAAGAUGAGGGUGGUGUCGAUGCCCUUCAACCCGUCCAACUGGAAGGGCCAACUGCGCCUGCCCGUCAAGCAGGAGAAGGUGUCCUACAACCAGGUGAAGUCCGGCUACGACAAGUGCUCCCUGAGCCACUGCCAGCGGCAGAGAUCGCUGCACGGCGUGCACAUCUACAAGUUCCCCAAGUCGCGGCAACAGCAGGAGCGUUGGAUGCACAACCUGCGCAUCCGCUACGACGAGCGGCGUCCCUGGAAGUUCAUGAUCUGCAGCGUCCACUUCGAGCCGCACUGCAUCAGCCUGAGGAAGCUGCGCCCCUGGGCGGUGCCCACUCUGGAGCUGGGCGACAAUGUGCCGGAGAAGCUCUUCACCAACGAACAGUGCCAGGAACUCAGCACCGAUCGCAGCGAGGCGGGCAGCGACGAGGAGGAGGACGGCCUGCAGGAGGACGAGGAAGAGGAGGAGGAGGACGAGUGCAACGAGGAUGUGGAGCCGGAGGUUCGCAUCAAGCGGGAGCGCCGUUCCAAGCUGGAUCCCUGGCCACCUGGGCAGCUGCCUCCCUGGAAGGUGAAGCAGUGUUGUCUGCCUUAUUGUCGCGCCUUCCGCGGCGAUGGCAUCAAGCUGUUCCGGCUGCCCAACAACCGCACCUCCAUCCGCAACUGGGAGAUUGCCACGGGAAUGGUGUUCAAGGAGUCCCAGAGAAACACUCGCCUCAUUUGCAGUCGCCACUUCGAGCCGGAGUUGAUUGGCGUGAGGCGUCUCAUGCGCAACGCCAUACCCACGCGGCAUUUGAGUGCCCAAGGAGUCAAGGAGGAGGUGAAGAAAAAGCCUCCAGCGCCCCUGCCCACCUGCUGCAUGGCCGACUGUCAUCACAAUGGAAAUGUGAAGCUGCACAAGUUUCCCGGUGAUCCUUCGCUGCUUAGGCAGUGGUGCCAGGCUCUCAGGCUCACCGACACGCAGCGUUACAGGGGUAAACAUAUCUGCUCGGUCCACCUGCCCACUGACAGGACGAUCAGCUGCGUCCUCUGCGGCGCCGACAAUGCGGAACCGCCGCUGCUGGACUUUCCGGAGCAGCGCAACCAGCGCGCCAAAUGGUGCUACAAUCUCAAGAUCGAGGCCAUACCAAAGUGGGACCACUCCAAGCACAUCUGCUGUCGUCACUUCGAGCCGCAUUGCUUUGCCCAGCCGGGUGAACUGCGUCCAGGAGCGAUACCCACGCUGCAUCUGAGUCACGAGGACACGAACAUUUUCCUCAGCGAUUACGGCACUGGUCCGACCAGCAAUCGCUUCAAGGACGAGCCCAUGGACAACGACGAGAUGCUGCUGGUUUAGUCAACCACACACACACAAGGAAUCAUUUUAGUCUAGCUUUAGUUUUAGCUGUACCAUUUUAUAGACCUUUUUGUACAAUCAUUUUGUACCAAUGCCACACAUCACGUCUUCUAGUUUUUACCACGUAGUCUCUACCGGUGAUUUUAAUGCGUUAUUAAUUCGUAAGUGGCCUAAGCGGAGAAAUGCCAUACAAAGAAACAAACAACACACAAUGUUCCUUAAGUUUUUGUUUUUACUUUUUAUACAUACGUACUUUAACUGUGAGAAAAUGUGUUUUAGUUUCCAUGAUACCUACAUAUAUAUAAACACUAUAGAUACAUACAUACAAUAUGGAAUAUCUUAGAGCGUAUAUGUGUAGACUUGUAGAUGGCCCAAUAAUAGUUGGAGUUUUUCUAAAUAUACAUAUUACUAAAAGUGAAACUUAAAA